GCCUGCUCAAAUUCAGCAGGUUGACGGAGGGUGGGAAGGCAGCCAGGCACACCCAGAUCUCCGAGGCAGUAAAAUGAUCCCUCUUGCCCUUGGGCCAAGCCCAGCUUUUCUAACGGAUAAAAGGAGAAGCAGUCAGGAGAACUCACUCACUUCCCUGGUCUGCAGCACAGCUUCCCUGAGCUUUUGAAGGGUGAGGGAUACUGAAAACACCCUUGGAGCAGCCAUGUCCAAGCCUUUGAACUUCAGCUCUCGCUCUGCAGCUGUCCCAGGGGUCAGCCAAGUGCGGGUCAGCACUGUCUCCUUAAGCCGUGGAGGAGGAGGAGGUGUCAGCUUAAACAGGCCAGGUGGCUUUGGCAGCUCCAGCCUCUGCAACCUUGGCCUUGCCAGGAAGUACUUCCUCUACGCUGGCAAGCCCCUCAACUUUCACCCUGGAUACGGCUACGGAGGCAUGGGAUAUGGUGGAGUGCUCAGCCCUGGGGGCGUUCAGGAGGUCGUCAUCAACCAGAGCCUCCUGAGGCCCCUGAACCUGGAGAUUGACCCCAAUAUCCAGCGGGUGCGCAAGGAGGAGAAGGAGCAAAUCAAGAUACUCAACAACAGAUUCGCCUCCUUCAUUGACAAGGUCCGGUUCCUGGAGCAGCAAAACAAAAUACUGGAGACCAAAUGGAGCCUCCUCCAGGACCAGAAGACCACCCGGAGUAACAUUGCUCCUGUGUUUGAGACACACAUCAACAACCUGCAACAUCAGCUGGAUGGGUUGUUGAAUGACAAAGCACGUUUGGAGGGCGAACUGAAGAACAUGCAGGAUCUUGUUGAGGAUUUCAAGACCAAAUAUGAAGAUGAAAUCAACAAGCACGCUGCAGUGGAAAAUGAGUUUGUGGUGCUCAAGAAGGAUGUGGAUGCCGCAUACAUGAACAAAGUGGAGCUGGAGGUCAGGGUGGAUGUGCUGACAGAGGAGAUUAACUUCCUGAGGUCUCUCUAUGAAGCGGAACUUAAGGAGCUGCAGGCCCAGAUCUCUGACACCUCUGUGGUGCUGUCUAUGGAUAACAAUCGAAACCUGGACCUGGACGGCAUCAUUGCAGAGGUCAAAGCCCAAUAUGAGGAGAUUGCCAACAGGAGCCGGGCAGAGGCUGAGUCCUGGUACCAAAGCAAGUAUGAGGCACUGCAGGUCACUGCUGGGAAACACGGAGAUGAUCUGCGCAACAUGAAGAAUGAGAUCACAGAGAUAAACCGCAUGAUCCAGAGGCUGCAGGGUGAAAUCGAAAAGGCAAAGGCCCAGCGUGCCAAGCUGGAGACAGCCAUUGCUGAAGCUGAGGAACGUGGUGAGUUGGCUGUCAAAGAUGCCAAGGCAAAGCUGGAGGAGUUGGAGGCAGCUCUGCAGAAAGCGAAGCAGGACAUGGCCCGGCAGCUCCGCGAGUACCAGGAGCUCAUGAGCAUCAAGCUGGCCCUGGACAUCGAGAUCGCGACCUACAGGAAGCUGCUGGAGGGAGAGGAGAGCAGGUUGGCUGGUGAUGGAGUUGGCAACGUCAACAUCUCCUUGGUCAGCUCCAGCAGUGGAGGUGGCUAUGCCAGUUCCAGUGGAUUUCUGGGAGGAGGAAGUGGAGGACGCCUUAGCCUGGGAGCAGGCAUGGGCAGCGGGGUGCUCAGCCUCUCCCCUGGGGGUGACUCCAAAUCCUACACCAUGACCACAACCUCGUCCAGCAGGAGAAGCAUCAGGAAGUAACUACAGGAAUGGAGAUCAACGGUAUCCAUUACAUGGGAGGAGGGAAACCAUAGAAAGAAAAGUCUUGUUGCCUUCCUUUUAUAGGACAAAUUGGCUGCAAAAUUUCUGCAGUAAUGAAUGAAUUGGAAUAAGACAUACCAGAGUACCUGACCCUGCCACAUAAUGCCUAAGGCUUGAUCCUGCACUGUUGAACUUAGUGGGAACCAUUCCACUGAGAGCAGGUUCAAGCCUGUAGGGUGAAAUUUAUCCAGUGAAGCUGGCGGGAUAAUGCUUUUGUUACUUGUGUGCUUGGUACCCCCUGCUCAGGGCUGGAUUUCACCCUUUGAAGGGCAAAGCAAUCAUUUGAGUGGCAAGUUAUUCCACAUUUCUGCUGUGGUUUUGCAAAAGAGACCAGAAGAUUAUCUCCUUCUUAAUAUGAUUUGGAAGAUUUUAUUCCCUUAGGCUCCUCAGAAAAUGCCAACCCUUGUUAAGAUUUCAGCCUGGGUUUGUUUUCUUAAAGUAUACCAAGAAGAAAACAGUGAAACUGGUUUGGGUUUCUCCUUAUUUUCUUUGGAAAUGGGCUCAGAAAUUGAAUUCAGCAAUUCUCCUCUGAAUGAGCUGAUUUCUUACCGAAGGCAAUGCAGGCAUAUUCAGGUUCUUUAUAGCGAAGUAACUCGUAAACAAGCUCCCCCACCCAUUCCCUCUCCUUAAUAGAAGCCCAAAGCUUAAGGGAUAUGAAGUUGCUUAAAAUUACAAGUAGCAAACUAAAAUGGGAGAUAACAUUCCCCAUCCUUGGGUGUCUCUGUUUACCAUCCUAUAUUUCAAAGUGUAUCUAGUGAUAUCUGGUGUCUUUACUACAGGUAGGGAAAAAGCGUGUUUUGCUGAUGCAUCGUUACAAUAACUACUUGUUCCUGCCAAAAUGUGUCUUCAACUUAAACAUGCCAGGGAAAAUGGUUAGGUCAUUACUGCAAUAGGAAGAAUUGUUAGAUAAAUAACUCAAAGAAACUGCACAGAAUUGUUGUAUUGUGUGCUCAGCCAUGUCCUAGCAGUGUAUCUUUCAUUGACGUUUUAUGCCUUUGUGGUCUGAGACCUUGUCAUGAGGCCAUUAAUAAAGUUUCUCUAUUGC